CGCGCGCACGGGCGCGCACGGAGGGAAAGAGAGAGAGAGAGAGAGAAGGGAAAAGAAAAGAGGCUGCUCCAUGACUCCCGGCCCUGAGAGCGCGGGCGCGCGCCGCGGCCGGAGCAUGAGGGGCCGCCGCCGAGUGUGAGGGGCUCGCGGGUGGGGAGGGGCCCCGGGUUCCCUCCCCGCCCCGCCGAGGGAGCCGGGAAGCGAGCGAUGGUGCGGGGUGGCCGGGGGGAUGGAAGCUGCGGCGCGGCUGAGGAGAGGCUGCCCUGCCGCCUCCGCCCCUUCCUCCUCCUCCUCUUGCUGUCGGCGGCGGCGGCCUCCGAGGCUCCGGGGGGGUCCGUCGAGGCGCCCCUUCCCGGGCCCGGCCUGAGCGUCUACAUGAGCCAGGAGGAGGUGCGGCGCCUCAUCGGUAUUGAUGCAGAACUUUAUUAUGUGAGAAAUGACCUUAUCAAUCACUACGCUUUGUCCUUUAAUCUGCUGGUACCAAGUGAGACAAACAGCCUCCAUUUCAGUUGGCAUUCCAAGGCCAAGAUUGAAUAUAAACUGGGAUUUCAGGUUGAUAAUCUAUUGGCUAUGGAUAUGCCACAAGCAAAUAUUUCUGAACAAGGAGAAGUCCCUCGUACUUUAUCAGUGUUUCGGGUGGAACUCUCUUGCACAGGCAGAUUAGACUCUGAUGUUACGGUACUAAUGCAGCUCAACAUGACCGUUAAUGCUUCCAAAAAUAUCACAGUCUUAAAUUUCAAACGAAGGAAAAUGUGCUACAAAAAACCUGAGCUAGAAGUAAAACCACCAGUAUUGGACAAAAAUAACAGUAAAGCUAUUUUUGAUCCUGUAAAUGCAGCUCCCACCACUUCUACGCGUGUGUUUUAUAUCAGUGUAGGAGUUUGCUGUGCAGUCAUAUUCCUGGUAGCAAUAAUACUAGCUGUUUUGCAUCUUCACAGUAUGAAGAGAAUAGAAUUGGAAGACAGCAUUAGUGACAGCAGUAGUUCUCAAGGCUUAUCUCAGCCCUCAACGCAAACAACACAGUACCUGAGAGCUGACACUCCAAACAAUGCAACACCAAUUACUAGCUCCUCAGGUUAUCCUACUUUACGAAUAGAGAAGAAUGACCUUAAAAGUGUAACGUUGAUGGAGGCAAAGGCUAAAGUAAAGGACAUAGCAAUCUCCAGAGAGAGGAUAACAUUAAAAGACGUUCUUCAAGAAGGCACAUUUGGUCGAAUUUUCCAUGGAAUGCUAAUAGAAGAAAAAGACCCUACUAAAGAAAAGCAGAUGUUUGUAAAAACAGUAAAAGAUCAGGCCUCAGAAGUUCAAGUGACAAUGAUGUUAACAGAAAGCUGUAAACUCAGAGGUCUCCAUCACAGAAAUCUUCUCCCCAUUACUCACGUUUGUAUAGAGGAAGGAGAAAAACCAAUGGUACUGUUGCCUUAUAUGAACUGGGGGAAUCUCAAGCUGUUUUUGCGACAGUGCAAACUGGUAGAAGCUAACAAUCCUCAGGCAAUUUCACAACAAGAUCUUGUACAUAUGGCUAUUCAGAUUGCCUGUGGAAUGAGCUACUUGUCCCGAAGAGAGGUCAUUCACAAAGACCUGGCUGCUAGAAAUUGUGUCAUUGAUGAUGCACUUCAGGUGAAGAUUACAGACAAUGCCCUGUCCAGAGAUCUAUUUCCCAUGGAUUAUCAUUGCCUCGGAGACAAUGAAAACAGGCCAGUGCGGUGGAUGGCUCUUGAAAGUUUGGUUAACAAUGAGUUUUCCGGCGCUAGUGAUGUGUGGUCUUUUGGAGUAACCUUGUGGGAACUGAUGACUUUGGGACAAACCCCAUAUGUAGAUAUUGACCCCUUUGAGAUGGCAGCCUAUCUAAAAGAUGGAUACAGGAUAGCUCAGCCAAUCAACUGUCCUGAUGAAUUAUUUGCUGUGAUGGCUUGCUGCUGGGCACUGGACCCCGAGGAGAGACCUAAAUUCCAGCAGCUGGUGCAGUGCCUCACCGAAUUCCAUGCAGCAUUGGGAGCCUAUGUCUGAUGCCAGGCAUACACACUCUGCUCUACUUGGAAAGGGACACUGUGUCCAUGUAACAGUGAAACGUGGCGUUUGCAUCUAUUUAUAUACACUAUAACGUCGAUCUAAAACACAUUAUUUGGAAGUAGGCUUCACUGAUUUCAGUGGAUUUUUCACAUAAUGCGAGUAGGAUCAGGGAGCCCAUGUGUGAAGCAGAGACACUAACUAGAAGAUUGCCUUCUUCCAAAAUCACUGUGCCUUAAUAAAGCAGUCUGGCAUUUUUUGUAAGGUUAGGUUUUAUUCUACGUGUCACUUAAGUGGAAAUCAGACAUUUUAAUUUCCCAACCUGCAACGUAAGUAUAAGAAACUGGAAUGUGAAUUGGAUGAAUUUUUGGCACGGUUAAAGAAGAUGCAAACUUAAUUUCAUAGGUGCUUGAACUGAUGUAUGGGGGCAUUUGUGUAAAAAUCUAAAGUGGCAAAAAGAAUUCCUCCUUCCCCCACACCCCAAAAAAGACUUACGUGUGCUGCAGCUUAAACUAUUUAAAAUGACUUGACUGGUUUUGGUGUUCAGGUUUGUAGUUGGAAUAGCCUUUUUUUUUAAAGUAUCCAUUGCUUUUUUUUUAAAGACGACAGCACAAUAUGGUUGGAACCACAAGUGGCCUUUUUAUUAUGUUUUAAUCCCAUUCUUAAACAAUGGUUUUUGUGGGGGGGGAAAGCUUACCUCCAAGAUGCAUUAUUCCCCCUUUAAAAGUGACAGACAGUUCUACAAAGCUGUUUCCAGUUUACCUCAAGAGUAAAAUGGAGCCUCAUGUUGCAAGGCUAAAACCGCUUAGAGGUUUUUUUCUGCAAUCAAGCGGUAUAUAAAUUUUAUGGAAAAAAGAAAAGUGCUAGAGGCCUUCAGAGAAGUGCCAAAGCAGCCCUCUAUUAGGAGCCUUUCACCUCGGACUGUAGAAUGCAGAUUUUCUUGUUAAAAAGGUACUGGUUUAUGUGUUUAGGAUUUUUUACGACCUGAAAAGGAAUUAAAUAUAUAAAUAUAUUUGUAAAUCCGCAUUUGAAGAGUAAAAAUAUCUGUAUAUUA